UGACGCGAUGCCAACCACGACAUCCUUAUUACCUCCUACACUGUACGUGUAUCAUGAGUUGGUAGUGAUAAGAGCGAAAAGCACCAUGCGAUCGCGCUGUAGUCGCCACUUGGUGGACGUCUUUGAGCGCACGGAGCAAACAUCGCUGCUCCGCAUCCGCCCAGCUCAUGCCCCUAAAUGGUCGUCUGAGCAAGGACGAUACGCCACCGCGGCCGCUCAGGUGGUCGCGGAGCCAGAGUGCACACCACCGUCACGGUCGCGGAGCUUGUCAGUACCGUCUCGAGCAAGGUUCAACGACAUCGGCGUGCAACAUGUCUCCGAGCACGUCCACUCACAGCUCUUUCCGGCACGAUCACAUAGGCCGGCUUCUCCAGCCGACCCGGACUUGGUCAACUUAUCGAAGAGGCACCUUGCGCAACAUGAACUACUUGGAAAGCAGAACGAGACCGUCGAGCCCAUCGCAUUCGAUCUUCCGGACUUGCAGGGUGCGACGCUGGACGAGCACUUCUACCGGUUAGGAAUGGACAGCGCAGAUAAGUACUUGACCAUGGCCCGGAAGUAUGCGCGUGCUUCUCCUCCGCCCAAGCCCAGGCGAUGGCAGAGAAGAAGCGGAUGGACAAAAUAUCAUGCGGACGGCAACUGGGAAGCGAUCAACGUCCCGGAUGCUGAUUUGCUAACCUUCGAUAUCGAGGUGAUGUGGCGCGAGACAAGUUUUCCGGCCAUGGCUUGCGCCGUCUCCGCGACCCACUGGUAUGCUUGGUUGUCACCGUGGCUGCUUGGCGAAAGUGACAGUGACCGGCAUCUUAUACCGCUGGGCAACCCCAAAGAGCCGCGCAUUGUCGUAGGACACAAUAUCGGCUACGAUCGAGCUCGCAUAGCUGAGGAGUACAGUCUGGACCAAUCGCGCAAUUUCUUCUUGGACACGAUGAGCUUGCACGUCGCUGUCAAUGGGAUGUGCAGCCGGCAACGACCCGGCUGGACGAAGGCACGCAAGCAGCGAGAGAGACAGGAUCGGUAUGCGCAAGAAGAGGAGUCGGCUGGCCUGUCUACGCUGCUUAAUGCGGAAGAGGGCAUGGAAGAUGAAGAAGAGCUUUGGGUCGGCCGCUCAUCCGCCAACAGUCUCCGUGAUGUAGCGAAGUUUCACUGCGGUAUCACGAUUGACAAGGCGAAGCGCGAGUGGUUUGGUGAGCUUGACCGAGACGGCGUGGUUGAGAAGCUUGACGAGCUUAUGGACUACUGCGCGGCUGAUGUCGAGGUAACACACAAGGUGUACAAGGCCGUCUUCCCUGUCUUCCUAGACACGUGUCCUCAUCCAGUGUCCUUUGCGGCACUGAGACAUCUGUCGAGUGAGAUAUUGCCAGUCAAUAACGGGUGGGAGGCGUACAUUGCAAAUGCUGAAGCAACCUUCCAACGUCUUUCAUCUGCCGUCGAAGAGCGCUUGAGUAGUUUGGCAGAGACGGCAUUGAAGCAGAAGGCAUCACCAAAUGUUUAUCAAAAAGAUCCAUGGCUGCGACAGCUGGACUGGGGCGGCCAGGAAGUGCGCAUGGUCAAGGGUAAGAAGAAGGACGACCCGCCACGACCGGCAGCACGGCAGAAGAAGCCCGGAAUGCCAAAUUGGUACAAAGAGCUAUUCAACAAUAACGACUCGUCCGUGAACCUAACAGUGCGCACGCGGAUCGCACCUCUCUUGCUCAAGCUCGCUUGGGACGGGCAUCCGCUCGUUUGGUCCGACAAAUACGGUUGGACAUUUCGAGUGCUUCCCGGAGAGGCUCAGAAGUACCGCGGAAGCUCCAUGACUGAAUGCGACAUGAACGAAGAAGAAAGUCCGCAGCUCAAGAAUGACUUCAAUCACAUAUACUUUAAGUUACCGCAUGCGAACGGACCGAGUGCGCGAUGUGCGACGCCGCUUGCUAAGGGCUAUCUGCAGUUCUUCGAGAAUGGCACGCUUGGCUCUGAGUACGAAUAUGCGCGCGAGGCGCUCGAGAUGAACGCAUCGUGCUCGUACUGGAUCAGCGCGCGGGAUCGCAUAAGAAGUCAGAUGGUCGUGUAUGAGCAAGAUGUGCCAGGUGUUGAAAAUGGCAGCGAUGAGCAAGGCUUCAUUCUGCCGCAAGUCAUACCGAUGGGGACUAUCACCCGCCGGGCAGUUGAGAACACGUGGCUAACGGCGUCAAACGCGAAGAAGAACCGCGUUGGAUCAGAACUCAAAAGCAUGAUCACUGCGCCACCCGGCUACGCCUUUGUAGGCGCCGACGUAGACAGUCAGGAGCUUUGGAUCGCAUCGCUUGUCGGGGAUGCCAGCUUCAAGCUGCACGGCGGUAAUGCCAUCGGCUUCAUGACGCUCGAAGGCAACAAGGCUGCAGGUACGGACCUGCACUCACGUACUGCGAAGAUCCUUGGCAUCUCCCGUAACGAUGCAAAAGUGUUCAACUACGGCCGCAUCUAUGGCGCAGGCUUGAAAUUCGCCCAGGGCCUGCUGCGCCGCUUCAACCCCAGUCUGAGUGAGGACCAAGCCAACGACAUUGCGAAGAAGCUGUACGUUGAGACCAAGGGCACCAAGGCUGGCGCGAAAAUCUUCCGCGAACGCAAAUUCUGGUAUGGAGGCACCGAAUCGCUAGUGUUCAACCGACUCGAGGACUUUGCGGAGCAAGAACGCCCUCGCACUCCUGUCCUUGGCGCGGGUAUAACUGAAGCGCUUAUGCGUCGUUUCUUAAGCAAAGGCGGCUUUUUAACGAGUCGAAUUAAUUGGGCUAUUCAGUCGAGUGGUGUUGAUUACUUGCAUCUGCUCAUCGUUAGCAUGGAGUACCUGUGCCGACGCUACAACAUCAACGCUCGCUUGGCGCUGACGGUGCACGAUGAGAUCCGCUAUCUUGCGAAAGGGGAGGACAAGUAUCGAACCGCCAUGGCCCUGCAAGUCGCCAAUGUCUGGACGCGCGCGAUGUUCAGCCAGCAGAUGGGUAUCGAUGACCUACCGCAGAGCUGUGCGUACUUCAGCGCCGUGGACAUCGAUCACGUCUUGCGGAAGGAGGUGGAUAUGGAUUGUGUGACACCUUCGCAUCCGAACAAAAUCCCGCCGGGUGAAAGUUUAGACAUUGUCCAAAUCCUGGCAAUGGGCGACGAGGCGUGUCUUGACCCCGGGGUGCGACCGCUGGACUCGCCACACCCGGAGCGAUUUGCCUAUACGGAGCGUGUGCCCGUGAUGGAGAAUCUCCAGACGGAGAAUGGCCAGCAUUACCUACGCGCGCAAAUCUCGAAGGAUCGCAAGGAAUUCCAGGCCGUUACCGGGGAAGUGAAGCGCGCCAAUACAAAUACCAUCACGUCGUUGGACGAUGAUCCACAGCACGAACCCAAGCAGCAACACGGUAGGCAACCUGGUGUCCCUGGACGCAAACAGCGGUCGAAGACAGGAUCAAACGCCUAUAAUAACGACUUGCAAUCCCGACCUGAGUUGGUACCUGUGGAGGUGCCUAUGGAUGGGGUGAUGAGUUAUUAUGUGAACAAGAAUGGUGGGAAUCGAAGCGCUUGGGCUUCCACGCCUUUGAACAGAAACAGCACGGCAAUGCAUGUAGGACUAGGAGCUGAAGGACGAUGGCACAGUAGCAGGCCUACUGCGAGCGCGAGAUAAUGUCUUGUGGCUUCCUUCACGUUGUGUAUAGGACUUUUAUCGCAUCGUACAAGAGAUGUGUCUAAUUGUACAGCAAAACCUGGACACCCGCCGCAGAUCGUCUCCGUCCGGUAUCUCUGGGAACCCCUGUUUGUGUCUGAAUUGCACUCUGGUAUCUUUGUCUUCUCCUAUCUUCCGCCUACGCCGCCUGCGACACCCACAUUUAUCUGUGAAGACCAAGAUCAAAACAAAACAUACAGCAGCGGGUAUUCCCACGUGGUCACCCACCGCAGUAC